AUGUCCGAAAUUAAUAUGCGUGGAACCUGGUUAGUGACAAAGCAUGCAAUUCCACAUCUUAUUGAAAGUGGACGAAAAAAUAGAAACCCACACAUUUUGAAUCUUAGUCCACCGCCUUUGAUCAAAGAGGAUUGGUUUAAAAACCAUGUUACUUAUUCAAUAGCGAAAUAUAACAUGUCACUUUGCGUUUUGGGUUGGGCUGCUGAAUUUCGAGAUCAGGGAAUUGCUGCAAAUGCACUUUGGCCGAUAACAGUAAUAGAGACGGCUGCUCUUCAAGUUUUAGAUUCAACUAAACAAAUAGAUUCAGCUUUUGGAGGUAAUUCAAGAACCCCAGAAAUAAUGGCUGAUGCUGCACAUAGAAUUCUUACCAAAAAUUCAAAAGAAUUCAGCGGCAAUUUCGUAAUUGAUGAAGUAAUUUUGCGCGAACAUGGUCAAACCGAAUUUGACCAUUAUUCUACUAGACCAGGUGCCAAAGACAUGACUAUUGAUUUAUUUGUUGACGAUAAAAUAGUUAAUAAAAUGAGAGCGUUGUGGGAAGCGAAAUCACAUAGGACAG